CUGCAGGAAUCGGAACUUGGGGCUUUUUUUUCUUGGAGGCCAGGUGCGGAGCCGCAAAGAAACAUGAAAGUAUCAGCUCCGUAAUAAGUUUGGACAACACUCUUAAAUUCAUCGACGGCCUAUAGACAAAGGGACACUGCGCCUCGAACAACACCGCUACAGGUCUUGUGGCAAUAUUCGUCUUGCGAACAGGCAUCCCGGUGACGUGUCACAUGAUUGUUAUGUGCCCAUCCCGGCUCUUCCGAGUCCUCGGUACCGCAUCCGCCUCCGCUUACAGUCCCCCCUGUCUCCCGUGCGUCCUCCCCCCUCGCUCCGUCUCGUCGCCCCAGUUCCACGACCUCUCCACCUCCGCGGCCAGACUUUUCGCUCUCCGCCUCGCCGCGCCCGCCGCCGUGGCCGGGUCCUCGAACCGCACUCGAAACGGGGAUCGCCCUCGGUCCUCGAAUCUCCCACGGUCCUCGAAUCUUCCGCGGUCGUCGAACCGCCCACGGCCCCGGAACCGGCCGCGUCUCGCGGCAGACACGCCGUCGUCCCAGUCGGUGCCGUCGUCGGCGGCGGACUCGGAGACGCGCUCGGUGGUAGUAGUGGUAGUGGUAGUAGUGAAAAUGCCGGGGUCGUCCUCGUCGCGCACCUCGAGCUGGAGGGCGCGCGCGUGCAGCUCGGCGGCGUCGCGGUAGGGCAGGUCGGCGAGGGGGGCGGGGCGCUCGGUGGCGCGCAGCCGCGCGAGGGUGCACAGGUGCGAGCCGGCGGGCGCG